GUCAUUUCUCGAAUUCUCAGUCGAUAAGAAGUUCAUUCGCGAUCGCUGGAAACAAUUAUCUCAUGGGUAGAAUUGAUUGGUCAUGACCUGAACCCGCACAGAGUGGAAGAUGUCUGCAGAAAACGACGCUUGCGAAGGGGAUCUGAUAGAUUUUCACGUCAGGUCGCCAAUCCUUCCAAGAGCAUCUACAGCCUCCCAGCCAGAAACGUCCGACCAUCUCCUGGACACGGAACUACCAGUGCUGGAGGAGAAGCUACAAACCGCGGCAUAUAUUGCACCAUCUGUGUCCAGACGACCUAGCGUCGAUAUCGAAGACAUUCUUAUAUCAAUCGAUGACGACUAUGACUUAGUAGACGCUCCCCAGCAAGAGGACAAUAACUCGGAGGCCUUGCCCGUGCUGCAUUCGCUGGACGACGGCUUGGACACGUCCCUGAACAACCCCCCCACGAGUGACGGUUCCACACAAGCGCAACAAGACAUAGAAGACUGCCUGCUGGACUUGGACAAUUACUUAAAAAGCUUGGACCCCAGCAGCGAAGAUGAGUCCAACUCUUCAGGAUGUGAGGAACCCUCGAGCGUGGACAGUUCAUCGAACCCAACGAAUCCGUGUGGCCUUGAGGCGGCUCCAGUGGACGACGAAACUCUACGGAACCGUCUCCGAAGAAUCGAGGAGAACUACAGACGUUACCUAGCUUCUGGGUGCGUAAACAGAGGUUACAUCGACACCGAACCGGAAAGGGAGCGCAGGCCAUCGUCGGCUUGCGAGGUGGCCAUUGAAGCGAAGAAGACUUCCCCGGCCCGUGCUACCGUGUCCGUGAUCAGGCGGAAACGGCCUUCGUUGCGCGAAGUGACGGACAAUUGCGUAAAAUCCAGGUGUACUCCGGACCGGAAACCCGGACCAGCUGGCGACUCGGACGAAGAGAUAGAUUGGAGCUGGCUGCAGGAUAUCGCACGUGACGUGACACUGGAGCGACGCGCGCAUGCAACCGGUGACUGCUGUACCGGAACCGUCGUGCUAGAGGCGCCUCGAACGAUGCCUGUUCCGAGCAGUUCCUCAGCACCGGCGAUGGACGAAGAAGACACCGCUCACAAGAGCACGUGGCUGCGCAGUUCGAUGCGCCGCCUGAGGCACGUGAGGUUGCCUAGCGACCAAGCCGAUGAAGACAAUUCCGCCGCGGAAGAGUCUGCGACAGUGACUAUUGUCCCAGUAACGGCGGCUUAUGUGGCUACACCGCCUAACGUGGCUACUGUUCCGGCAGCGGCGGUCAGGCCGAUGAGCGCACCAUCUAGGAUACCGACUGUGGGCCGUACUGCCGGGCGUUCCUCACGACCCAGAUCGCGUGAAUCCGGGCAAAGUGCGGUGUCUUUGGAACCGAGUGGCCGGGCUAGGAGUAGUUCCGCGUCUUCAAGGUCGCGAAGGCCGAGAAGUCUGUCAUCUAGUGAAUCGAGUAUACCUUCUAGUCUGGAUUCGACGCCUAGUACUCCUGCUGCGUCUACACAGACUAAUCAGGAGCCUGCUGGUCAGGCCACGAAUAAUGAAAGAUCAUGUGACCGAAAUCGACAAACCGACAUGCCAGAAGUCGAGAGCCCUUUGGGUCAUUGGCCGCAUAGUCUGAGCUCGAUGAUGGCGUGUCUGUCGUGCACUUUGGGCCUCUUCAAUAUCUCCCGCUUCUCCAUCCUCUCUAUCCACUUCGGUGCCAACUUCAUCUUCCAGUUCUGUUUCUUAUCAGUGGUUUUCGGCCUGCCCUUAUUCACCCUCCAGCUGUGCCUGGGGCAGCAACUCGGAGCGGGUGUAAUCGACAUGUGGAGGAUAUCGCCGCUUUUUCAGGGAGUCGGGGUGUCGCUACUGAUCGCACAGGCACUUAUGGGGCUGUACAGUGUGAUAGGAGUGUCGUGGUUGUUCGUGUUUUUUCGGGACUCCUUCAUCACCAAGUUGGAUACUUAUCGGUGGGCGGAGUCAUUUUCGCAUUAUAGACAUGAUCUUCCACCGAGCAACGAAACCAUCAAACUCGAAGAAACCCUGCCGGACUACUUCAACGGCGUGGUUCUACAAAGACAUCACUUACCAACUGGAAACGCUUAUGCAACCAUCAAAUUUCAAUUGGCCUUCAAUCUGGCCGUCGUGUGGAUGAUCGUUUUCGUGUCGCUCAGUAAAGGGCUGAGGUCUUACGGAAAGGUCGUCUAUGCCUUCACGCUGCUUCCAGUCUUCGGAACAUUCAUUUUGUGCGCGAAAAUAUUGGGGAUAAUGCCGCCGAAGUACGUCAACGUAAUCUUCCCGGAGACUUCCUGGGGGGAGUUUUUUCUGAACCCCAAGAGUUGGUUAGCAGCUGGUCAAGAAACCUUUCUUACUUGGGGUUUGCUGGGCGCAGCGACAAUGCAAAUAGCAUCACACAACAAACACAAGCAUUUGCUUCAAAGAGAUUCUAGUCUUGUAGCUGUAAUAACUUUUACGAUUUUAUUGUUAGUUGCUUUUUUGGCAAACACCUGUGUUCAGAUACUCAAGUCCAAUGGAUACAGUUAUUUACCUAACUCUUUCGAACGAAUGUCAUCCUAUACAUUUUUACGACAAGCGAAGGAUCCUCUACCACCAAGUUUAGCGAGCACUCCUGUGAGAUACAUGGUUCACAGUUCGUUCAUAGUAGGAGAAAAAGUCAUCAGGCCCGGCGUUGACGUCACCAAUGAAAGUGGAUACCAGAACGCUACAUAG